UGUCCUUCAUUGUAUUAUAUCAACCACUAAAUAGUUUACAUAACAUCAUUCUGUGUGUACCUGUAGAUCAGUAAUGCAGUCCGACGAGGGGACGGAGUGGCUCCUGGAGCUGCUGACCGACGUGCAGCUUCAGCAGUACUUCCUGCGUAUCCGGGACGAGCUCAACGUCACGCGCCUGUCUCACUUUGAGUACGUGAAGAGUGAGGACCUGGAAAAAAUCGGCAUGGGGCGACCAGGCCAGAGGCGGCUGUGGGAGGCGGUAAAGAGAAGAAGAGCGAUGUGUAAACGCAAAUCGUGGAUGAGCAAGUCUCUGUGCUCACAGGUGUUCACAGGUAAGAGACCCGAUUCAGAGUCCCAGACCGGCACCGCGUCACGGGGCUCGUCACCCUCCGCUGCCCAGGGCGAGUACGCUGGCGACGCCCAGCCGGCAGCUCUCACGUGCCUCAUCAGCGAGAGAGACCUGACUCUGUGUGAGAAGUUAGGAGACGGUUCGUUUGGCGUGGUGAAGCGAGGGGAAUGGCAGGCCCCCUCUGGAAGAGUGUUGAAUGUCGCUGUGAAGUGCCUGAAGGCAGAUUUGCUGGAGCAGUCAGACGGUCUUGAUGACUUCAUACGGGAAGUAAAUGCAAUGCACUCUCUUAACCACCAAAACCUGAUCCGGCUGUACGGAGUGAUCCUGACCCACCCCAUGAAGAUGGUGACCGAGCUGGCUCCUCUCGGCUCCUUGGUGGACCGGUUGAGGAAGCGACAGGGCCACAUCUUAAUCUCGGUGCUUUGCCGAUACACAGUGCAGAUCUCGUGUGGCAUGGCCUAUCUGGAAUCACGUCGCUUCAUCCACCGCGACCUGGCCGCCCGUAACAUCCUACUCGCCUCCAACGACCUAGUCAAGAUCGGCGACUUCGGGCUCAUGCGGGCGCUGCCCAAAAACGACGACCAUUACGUCAUGCAGGAGCAGCACAAAGUUCCCUUUGCCUGGUGUGCUCCAGAAAGCCUGAAGACCAGGACCUUCUCGCACGCCAGCGAUACUUGGAUGUUUGGCGUGACGUUGUGGGAGAUGUUCACUCAUGGCCAGGAGCCGUGGCUCGGCCUCAACGGCAGCCAGAUCCUCCACAAGAUCGAUAAGGAGAGCGAGAGGUUAAUAAAACCAGAAGACUGUCCUCAGGAUAUUUAUAACGUCAUGCUGCAGAGCUGGUCUCCAAAACCUGAAGACAGGCCGACGUUUGUAGCCCUAAGAGACUUUCUUGUUGAGACGAUGCCAACAGAUAUGAGGGCGCUGCAGGAUUUUGAUGAGCCAGACAAGCUGAAGAUUCAUGCCAAUGACGUCAUCACUAUCAUCGAAGGCAGGGCUGAGAACUACUGGUGGCGAGGUCAGAACAGACAGACUCUGAAGGUAGGUCAGUUCCCCAGGAACGUGGUGACCUCUGUCGCUGGCCUGUCCGCCCAAGACAUCAGCAGACCUCUUAAACACAGUUUCAUCCACACGGGGCACGGGGACACGGACCCUCAGCGCAGUUGGGGUGCCCCAGAUAAAAUCGACGAUAUCUACCUGGGCAACCCCAUGGACCCCCCUGAUGUACUUGGGAUGGAUCCAAAUGCUGACAGACCUACCAAAUUACCCAACCGAGCCAAAAAGCAACCUCCUCCUCGGCCUCCUCAGCCCGCCGUUCUUCUGAAGAAGCCAUUCUACGACUCGGUCAUCGACAACGACGACGACGACAAUGAUUUGAUAGUCGCCGGGGUGAAGAGGUUCUCUCUAAAAGCGCCGUCCUACCUGAGUCUGCGCCUACGCCCGUGGGAAAGCUCAGAGUCGGCCGACCCUCUCAGCGAGGUCUCGCUGAUCGAUUUCGGAGACGACAGCUUUAGCUCGACGUCACCUUCACCCAUCGCUGAUACUCCAGCCUCCAACACCGCUCCGUCUGGAGCCUCCAUCCUGGACUCUGGCCCUCCACCGAGCCCCUAUCGUGGCCUUCCUAAUCCUCUCCACCCCACCCCUGUGGUGGAUUGGGACUCCCAUCCUUUGCCCUGUCUUCCUGCUUACGAUGAGGUGGCUUUAGAGAGCGAGGGACAGGAGGACAUGGAAGUCCGCUCCAUAAACGCAAAACCAGACGAAGAUCAAGCUGGUCAGACUUACGAUACAGUAGAAGGAGACCCGAACCCCAGCGAAAGCAAGCGCAAAGUGGAGGAUAACCUGUUCCUGCCGUCCAAACUCGCAGAGGACAAUCGCUCCUGCUCCCAGUCUGCAGACAUAUUCAAAGAGCUGCAGAGGGAGGCCAUGGCUAAGCUGCAAGUGCCAGCAGUAGCGCGAUCGGUGCCCGCGUCGCCCAUCAUCCCGCACCGUAAAAUCGUCUUGCCCUCCUUCGAGGACAAACCCCGGAUCCCACCCAGGAUUCCCGUCCCACCUACGCGACCCUCCAAGCGGACCCGCGCCCGGCUUUCCAUCUCACUGGGGGACGAUGAAGAUAGACUCCAGCCUCCGCAGAUCCCACCUAGGGACCAUGCCAUAUCCCAGCCCGGCUCACGAUCCACCAGUCCUAUGAUUUCCACCCAGCAGAGACCAAUUCUUUGCUGCGUAGGUUCGUUGGGCUCCUGUCUGUCACCUUCUUUGUACUCCCACGCGUCCUCUACAGCUACGUCAAAACCCAACGUCAGCCCAAACAGGGUCAGUAGUAACGUACUGAGCAGCCCUGCGGCAAAUGUGAGCCCUUGCAUCCAGCCCACCCUAUCAGAGGGUAGUAAACCCAACAGUAGGCACUACUACCUGUCAUCGUAUCCCGAUAGAUAUGGACGGUUCACGAAGGACUCUGAAGGAAAUGAAGAACGGAGGACCAACAUGGCAACUGUCAGGCCCAUGGUGCAAAUCAGCACGCCUAAUUUCUCUAAUCCCAGCAGCAACGCUCACACCCCAGCAUCACAGCCCAGCACCUAUAGCAGUGUCAAGCAGGUGCAGGAGGCCGUACAUGGAGUGACUGUAGAGGAGUGUCAGACAGCCCUCCAGAAUCACAGCUGGAACGUCCAGAUGGCUAUCCAGUACCUUAAGGUGGAGCAGCUGUUCCGUCUCGGCUUGAAGACCCGACCCGAGUGUGUGGAGGUGCUGCGGAGCUGCUGCUGGAACCUCGAGCAGGCUAGCACACAAAUGCUGGACUCGUAUGGGGCCUCGCUACAAAGGCGGAACUGUGGCGCGGCUGGUAGAGUGGGCGCUGCACAGCACGAUGGUUUCUGAGGAUCCCUGCCUCCGGUCACUGUCUGUGAGGGGUCAGAAUGGGGUCAGUUCUGGGAACUGGGUGCUUGAGACUGCUUCAUUUCAAUGUGUGAGUGAGUGUGUGUGUGUGUGUUCCUGCUUUGCUCCCAGUGUACUCAGAUGGUGCUGGAACAAACAACCCUGACCAGGAUGAAGUGGAUUAUUAAUGGCUUAUUUAUGGAUUAUUAAUGGUUUAUUAAUGGUUUAUUAAUGGAUUAUUAAUGGUUUAUUAAAAUCAUCAGGAAGAUUAAAUGCAGCUUUGUUUCUACUUUAAAUCAAAGCUGGCUGAACCUGGACCCAAGUCUGGUCCUGCAUUGCUUGUUUUAAAGUAAUCAAGGGAACAAAAUGUGAAAUUGUUUAUUGACCCAAACUGGAUUUAUUUAUGCAUAU